ACAAGCCAGGAAACAGAGAUGAGUUUAAAUUUUGGUGAAAUCGUCGAACCAUCAACCCGCGCAUUUUGGGAUGAUUACGACGAAGAUGAGCAAGACAAACCUCCAUUCGAGCCGUUGGAGUGGAUUUGGUUCAACGACCAGGACGGCACCACCGAGGAAGUAGAGAUCCGGAAAACUCUGGUGGACCCUUUCCGCAUGCUCAUUUUUGAAGGACAAAAAGUAGGCAGCUUUGUCGGUGCAGCCAUUCUAAAAGGAAACAACAGUCCACUUUUGCAGCUUUCUUCCGGCACCGUCAGUAUCUUUCACGUGCCCUCCGAGCGGCUAAUUGUGUGCGUCUCGGAAGAAAUCGAUCCAAACCUUUUUGGGCACAUAACGGAAAAGCUGGCACCGUGGCUGGAUGCUGCAGACAGCGUCACUAGCGUUUCGCUACAACCUGCCGUCUUAUACAAGGGCGCCGCGGAACAUGAGCUAGAAAAAGUGUGUUUCAUCAAGGGUUUGAGCGGUACUGCCGAAGGUGUCGGACCACUAGACCCUCCGAACGUGCUCACCGGAGUGGCUGCCGGUGCUGUUGGGUAUCGCAAGUUCCGUGGCAAACAGGCUGCUGUUUACGGUUGCUAUUUGGAUUCGAUCGCCAUUGAUUCGGUGUCCUCGGAACCAAUUCUGCGACUGUUGAAAUCGAUCGGUCUUCCGUGCGCCGAUCGGUACGAGUUGAAAUUUAAAAACAGUUCAAAUCUUUACAUGUAAUCAUGCACUGUGUG